AUGGCAAGAAUGUUGGGUAAUAAUAAAGUAGCUUUUGAGAGUGCAAAAAGUCAGUUUUGGGUUGUUGAUGCAAAGGGAUUAAUCACAGAAGGACGUGAAAAUAUUGAUCCAGAUGCCCUUCCUUUUGCAAGAAAUUUGAAAGAAACGGAUCGCCAAGGGCUGAGAGAAGGAGCAAGCCUUGCGGAAGUGGUCAAGCAAGUGAAGCCCGAUGUCCUCCUAGGAUUAUCUGCUGUUGGAGGAUUGUUCUCAAAGGAGGUAUUAGAGGCCCUCAAGGGUUCAACAUCAAUGAGACCAGCCAUAUUUGCCAUGUCAAAUCCUACAAAGAAUGCUGAAUGCACUCCUGAAGAAGCAUUCUCCAUUUUGGGUGACAACAUUAUUUUUGCAAGUGGAAGUCCAUUCACUAAUGUUGAUCUUGGAAAUGGUCAUAUUGGCCACUGCAACCAGGGAAACAACAUGUACCUCUUUCCAGGCAUUGGUCUUGGAACACUUCUGUCAGGUGCUAGGAUAAUCUCUGAUGGCAUGCUACAGGCUGCGGCUGAGCGUCUGGCUACAUAUAUGAGUGAAGAGGAGGUCCUCAAAGGGAUCAUUUUCCCUUCAACAUCCAGAAUUCGAGACAUUACAGAGAAGGUAGCCGCAGCUGUUAUAAAAGAAGCUGUGGAGGAGGACCUGGCUGAAGGAUAUCAUGGAAUCGAUGCUCGGGAGCUGAAGAAACUUAGUGAGCUUAAUAAGGAAAAUUCUUCGGUGUAA